AUGCCACCGCCUACCGCUGGAGAUGCAUGGCUAGCAGGGAGACACUUCGGAAUUGUCAUCGACGCUGGUUCUUCCGGCUCACGUCUCUUGAUAUACAGCUGGAAGGACCCCCAGGCCGUCAUACUGGAGGCGGGCGACAAUGUUCCCCCUAUGCUACCCAAGGUCGAGAAAGGCUCCCAAAGCGGGGAGGACUGGGUAACGAAGAUGGAGCCUGGGCUCUCAUCUUUCGCGGACAAUGUAGAAGGGAUUCCUGCCUAUCUCAGGCCUCUUCUGGAUCACGCUCGGAACCAUAUACCUCCAUCCCUCCACCACGAAACUCCCUUGUUCUUGCUGGCCACCGCUGGCAUGCGCCUGCUCACGCCGACUCAACAAGCGGAGGUCUUGCAAGAGACGUGUCGCUUCCUCGCGCUACACUCAAACUUCAAGAUUGAUGGGCCCUCGGCGGCAGGACCGUGCGGAAGCAGCGUACGCAUCAUAACGGGCGAGGAAGAAGGACUGUUCGGAUGGAUCGCGGUGAACUACCUGAUGGACGGGUUCAUCGGCUCGAGCGACAUACGCACGACGUACGGCUUCUUGGACAUGGGUGGCGCGUCUACGCAGAUAGCCUUCGAGCCUGGCGAAGCACACGUAGCGGAGGAUGACAACAGCCUCGUCGAAGUCCGUCUUCGACUGCUCACUGGCGAGGAGAUCCGACAUAAGGUCUUCGUAACGACUUGGCUAGGAUACGGGACGAAUCAGGCGCGCGAACGCUACGUUGGGCAAACCAUCCGAGACUAUGAACGCGCUCUCAUAGACGGCUCCGACCCCCCUCCGGACGAGGACAUCAUUCCGGACCCGUGUCUGCCAAAGGAUCUAAUCCUCACCGAGAAGCCAAUACAUAGCGGCGACGCGUCUCCGCACUCACAGAAGGUCCACAAACUACGCGGAACAGGGUCCUUCGAACAGUGCAUGAAGCAGACAUACAAGCUUCUGAACAAGGACGCGCCUUGCUCUGCCACACCCUGUCUCAUGGACGGCGUUCACGUCCCUCCUAUAGACUUCUCGGUGUCCCACUUCAUAGGUGUAUCAGAAUACUGGUAUUCCUCUGACCAUGUCUUCGGUUUGGGCGGCGCGUACGACUUCGUGCAGUAUGAGCGCGCCGCGGGCGAAUUCUGCUCGCGCAACUGGCAGGACAUCGUCGACGACCACGCGCGCCAGCGAAAUCGACCCGGUGGUGACGGCGAAGUCAUCGAGAAUGGAGAGGUUGUCGCUGUAGGGAAGUGGGGAGAGAACGUGGAGAUAUCCCGUCUGGAGAUGCAGUGCUUCAAGGCGGCUUGGAUCGUCAACGUGCUGCACGACGGCCUUGGGAUGCCACGAAUCGUCGACCCGGACGGAAACAAGACGACAGAGGCGAAGAAGGUCGAGGCACAGGCGGCCAUAAAGGGGCUCGGGCGACCGACGUUCCAGUCCGUUGAUACCGUUGGGGAUAUUGCUAUCAGCUGGACCCUCGGCAAGAUGGUAUUGGAGGCCAGCAAGGAGGUCCCACUGAAGACGGCGGCAGACCGGCCAUUGCAGGACCCCGUCGACGAUAUCCCUGACACUGCCAACUCGCCGAUACAACCAAUACGACCGCCCUUCUUUGACCUCGACGCCAUAGAGGACAGGAUAACACCGCAUCUGCCGUCGUCGUUGCAGCGCUCCUCCCUCGGCUUCUCCCCUGUAGUCUUCCUCUUCUACGUCGUCCUCAUCAUGACCUUCUUCAUCGUCGUAUACCCCUUGCGGUUCAGGCUGCGCUCAUUCAUUCGCUAUCUGAACAAGCGGAACUCAUACCGACUUAUGGAGGAAGGUCGUAUGCCGCGAACACCUGCCUCGCCAUUACCCAAGAAGUGGCUUCGUCGCGUGCUUCCAAUCUCGAUACCCUCACGCAACGGCUCGUCAGGCCCGAACUCUCCCAUCGGGAUGGCUCCUCGUAUAUCCCCCGUCCGCUCCUUCUCCAUGCCCAGUGAUGCGUUCACCGCCGUGACCAGUGCGCACUCGCGACCGUCCAUAUCGCGUUCGCCUACACCAGUGCCUCCUCACCUAGAGGCCGCCGAAAAUAACGGCCAGCCAAAUGGUCUCGCGCCGUCCUCGCUAUCAGCCCGCAAUGGCUCCCAGUUAAGCGUGGCUAGCGCAGCGCGUGCAUCUGGGCAGCUCUCGCGGGUCAAUAGCAGCGCGCAUCUGCCGGGCCUUGCACGCGACGAUUGA